GCGGAAAGCCCUCCAGUACCAGGAGGGCACCAAGAAGGAGGACCGGUACCUGUGCGGCCCGCGGCUGGAGGCGAAGCUCACGGGCCGGGCCGAGAUCGCGGUCGAGCGCUGCAAGGCUGGGUGGCUCUCCAGACCAGAUGGCGUGGAGAGGCUCCUGGCGUGGCUGGAGCGCAGAUGCUCUCGACAAGCCGUGCCAGACGUAGGCCAGGAGCUCGAGACGUUCUUGAUCAAGACGAAGCGCCGCAAGCUCGAGCCCAUGCAGCAGUGGACGGACCGCUUCGAGACAGGGUACCAGUACCUCAGACGCGCGCUGGCACGCGCGCUGGGACACACAGUCCCGGUCCAGGUCGCUCCAGCAUGGAAGAGGACAGGGCGACCAUACCGCUGGGUUGAGGUCGAACGUGGCUGGCCAUUCGAGGGUAGCGAAUGGACAUGGGAGUACACGGACGGCCUGCCAGACGAUGAGAAAGAAGACUCACACCUCUGGAGCGCUGCUGACCAGGAUGCGGACGCCGAGGAGGAGCUCGGGGACUUGCCAGAAGUAUUCCCGAGCCUGGUCCUGGGCUGGCUGAUGCUCGUACGGUCAGGGCUCGACUCGCGCGAGCGGGCGGCCAUCAUGACGGCAACUGGCGGCUCGCUGGAGGUCGACACCAUCCGGGAGAAGCUGAUCUCGAGCUGGGAGGACGAUGACCUGGCGGAGCGUGAUGGGCACUCACGGUUCCCGAAGGCGUACACGGCCCAGCUCGGAGAAGAUGAUCGCACAUGGCUUGACGGAGAUGAGGCACCAGAUGCGAGCAGCUUCGCAGCCGACAUGGAGAACAGCGAGUGGCAACAGGAAGAACCAGGCCCAGAGGAGGCGAACGAUGACGACAUCGAGAGCUACUUGGCGGCUCAGCAGGAGGAGGCGGAGGCGCUCGCGGCGAUCCACUCCGCCCAGCGUACCCUCCGCCAGGCUCGUGAAGCUCAGGCAGACAGCAGGCUGAGCAGAGGCUUCUACAGGGGAGGCCCGCCAGACGCGAGCGCGAAGGUGGCAGAGUGCAGGAAGGAGCUGAAGUUCAACCUCGUGGCCUCGCUGGUCGCCGAGCAGGAGCCCCGGGAGUCGGAGUGCGAGGCGAUGUUUGCGGACCAGGCCAUCCUCGAGGGCAAGGGCAUCGUCGACUUAGGGUGCACGGACGCCAUGGGUGGUGAGCGCGCCCUGGACAUCGUGGCCCGCAAGAACUUGGAGAAGUAUGGCGACACCAGGCUGCUGGACGUGAACCGGAACUACAGGCCAGUCUACAGCUUCGGGAAUGGCGAGAAGGAGCGCGCCUACGGACAGGUGAAGUUCGGCAUCACGGGCGCGGGCGUGGAAGGCGACAUCGCCAUCAACGGUUUCUCGAAGGAUGUCCCGAUCCUGGUGUCCAAGAAGGUGCUGAAGAAGCUCGGGGCCGUCGUGGACUGUGAGACUGGGGUGGCCGUGUUCGUGCGGCUCGCACCGGACAUCCCCGUGCAGCUGGAGGAGUCACCUGACGGAGGCCACUACUACCUGAGCCUGGUCGACGACUUGCUGGAGCAGCGCGUCAAGGACCAGAGCCAGCUGCGGAACUUCAAGACCAUCUGCGAGAGCAUGCGUGAGUGGGACCGCCAGCCCGGGGCCGCAAUGUGCCAGGGGCCAGACAGCAGCUCGGAUGACCGGACUGAGCAGUUGGAGCGCUACAUGCAUCCAUCUCAAUCCGAUCAUAGCAUUGUCACCGAUGCGUCCCCAGUUGCUUCGGCAGGUGCGUGCAGAGGCCAGUCGUGUAACCAGGCCCGCAGCAUUCAUCACCACAGUGGGCCACAGCCUCAGAAGGGUCCCACAGUUGAAGGCAGCGACCGUCCCAGUGUCCAGUCUCAGUUCCAGCUGGACAGGGCAUCCCAGGUGAACCAGGGGGUCCCGCUGCAGUACCAUAGCCGUUCGGGCUCGAGCCAGGCAAGUUCACUCGAGUCGACAGCGACCGACGGCAUCCAGCCACCCGCAGUUCCAGAUCCACCAGAUUUUCCAUAUAUUCCAUAUUCCAGGCCGACGGCCGUCGAUGUCAGCAAAGAGAUGCGCUGGGGUAACAUCAUCCGCGGAGCGGUCCAGCUCACCUGCGCCAGUGCAGUACAGGGCCUCUACAAAGCGGAGGUGCUGCAUUUACUUCAGGAGCUUGGCCUACCGUGCAGUCCGGCCUGGGGCGUGGACGAGCUGAAGCAGGUCCUCAAGGAGCACAUGUUUCCGAAGGACGAGACGCCAGUGCAGAUGGCCAUGAAGGGUCUCAGCUCGAUGAAGAAGUCCCAGCUCUUGGCGAAGGCAGAGGAGGUAGGCGCCCACGUGACACAGGGCAUGACGAAUCCGUCACUCAAGCUCUCGAUCCGCAAGGCCAUCCUCAUGAAGCAUACCCCGGAGCCGACCGACUACAUGGGCUUCGGGAAGCACGGAGCCAUGACCUACCGGCAGGUUCGGAGCCAGUACCCAUCCUACGCUGCCUGGUGCCAGAAAGAGGCGAACCAGGAGAGCAGCUGGGAGCUGGCCCGGUUUGCCUCAUGGCUCAACGAGCAGGAGAUCAUCGACAAGAAGGCCGGGGUGACCAGGGAUCCGAAGGAGGUCCCGAGAGAGCCGGACAAGGCUCGAGGGGGCGCGAGGUCAUCCCGCAGGAGAACGGUCGACGCGAUCAUGGAGGACGAGAUCGAGGAGCAGGAGAAGCUCGAGGCUGCGAUCAAGAUGCAGAAGGAGGAGAAGGAGUCCAACCGUUUGGUCCAGGAGCAGAUGCUGACGGCGCUGAACCAGCUCAACCAGAGGCUCGGCCAGCUGGAGGGCCAGGAGCUUGACCCCAGGAAGCAGCGCUGGCUCGCCAAGUGCAUCCAGGAAAACGGCCACUCUGAGGACUACGAGGCGCUGAUGGCCCACGGCAGUACCAAGUUGAUGGAGGUCGCAUGCAGCCCGACAUCCAUCCUGAGCACUAAGAUGGCGGAGAAGUUCGGCGAGGACGCUGUAUGCCGCAUCAGUGCGUGGAACGGUUUCAAGCUAGGGACACCUGGUGGCAACCAGAGGGCUCGGGAGGCACGUGACGAGGCUGAACCAGACCACCUGUGGAUCAGUACGAGGUGCGGCCCCCUGUCUACCCUCACCCUCGGCUUCAACGGCUCCAACCCUAUCAGGGCCGAGGCCACCAGGAAGCGCAGGCUGCAGGCCAUCAAGGAGUACAAGGGCGCGGUGCAGCUGGUGUAUGACCAGGUGGCUCAAGGCAAGCAUGUACACUGGGAGUGGCCCAUCAAGUGCGAGGGCUGGGGCCACACAAUGAUCAGGAAGAUGGUGGAGGACUGCUCCAUGACGGUGGUGAAGGUGGCAGGCUGCCAGCUCGGCGUGAAGGACGGGAAGGGCCUGCCGCUGUUGAAGGAAUGGCUUAUCGCUACGACGUCUCCAAAGAUGGCAGCCCGGAUGUCCCUGGAAUGCCCAGGAGAUCACCGACAUGGGGAGCUCACAGGAGGCAGUCUGACAGCGGCCACCAGCUAUUACCCGGACGAGUUUGCCAGACGAGCUGUGCGCGCGAUGACCGAGGAGGCUGCGCCCGACUACCACGAGUUCAUGAGGUGCGUGGCGGAGCCCGGGGAGGCGGCCGACCAGGCGAUGGCAGCCAACCAAGAGGAGACAAAGAUGAACUCAGACUUGAGCUCGAAGGAGUACCAGCAGAUCAUGAGGUGGCUCACCUCAAUCCACCGUGGCUCAGGUCACAGCUCGAAGGCCUCCCUGCUGAACGCACUUCGGAGGAAGGGCGCCAGCCCACAGGUGCUACAGGUGGCUGAGGACUUCCACUGUGACGCUUGCGAAGAGGCGCACAAGUUCAAGCCCACACAUCCGCCGGUCAGCUUAGAAGCCAUCCCGCCGAAGUGGAAGCACAUCCAGGCGGACCAAUUUGAAUGGGAGCACCCGCAGACGAAGGUUAAGUCCAAGAUCUCCCUGAUCAUAGACGAGAACUGCCGGGUGCGCGUCAGCAAGCUACUGUACCACAUGCAGUUCUAUGAGGAGCGCUGGAUGCCCUACUUCGGCAAGCCACAGAGGGUGAAGGUGGACCCCGAGGGCUCCUGGAUGUCCAAGCAGGCGGCUGCGUACUUUGAUUCCGACUCCAUCGCGUACGAACCCAUACCUGGCCAGGCCCAUUGGCACAUCUCCCUCGCCGAGGAGGCCAUCCAGGCCACCAAGGGGACCAUGGGCAAGUUGGUGACGGAGAACCCCGAGAUGACGACGGAGGAAGCCCUGGCCAGAGCGACCGCUGCUGGGAACUCACGAGAAGAUGUUCGAGGACACUCACCCCUUCAACAUGCCCUUGGGCGAGCACCAGACCUGGACGGACACUUCUUUGAGAGCGACUUCGACGAACUGCCCUACGUGGAGGCCCAGAGGGUCGACAAGGAGUUCGGAGAGAACUACGCCAGGAUGUAUGCUGCCGAGCAGGAGUACCUGAGGCAAGUCUACAUGCGACGCAUCAGCAGGGCAGAGAACGCGAAGAAUCAGGCGGUGAAGUCCGUGGCGCCAGGCAUGUGGGUGCGCUACUUCCGGAAAGAGAAGGGUGAAGCCAAGGGCCGAUUCAAAGGGCUCGCGAGGGUCCUGGCCACAGAGACGGCGCGGCCAGUGGACGGGGACCUUGGCGAAGGACGGGCCCUACACCCUGGGCGUGCAGGGUCCGUGGUGUGGCUUGUGCGAGCCGGGCGUAUCAUCAAGGUGGACCUCUGCCAGAUCCGGGCGGCCUCCUCACGGGAGAUCGCCUACGCAGAGCUGAUGGGAGGCAAAGACACGCCCUGGACAGUCCACACUUUCAUGAACCAGACGAUGAAGCACGAAUACCUGGACUUCACGGGCCACGACCCCACCGAGGACGACAUGGAGGUCUCGACCUGGGAGGGACUACCUGAACCAGCCCCUCCACUGAAGAAGGCCCGCACAGGACAAGCCACAGAAGGAAGCCAGGCCUCAAGGGGCCGUUCGACACCACCAGUGCGGAAGAAGAUACUCAAGAAAGGAUACCAUCCAGGAGGAACAGCCGACCAAGUCCGAGCGUCUCGAGCAGCCCUGGCGGAGGAGCAGAUGAAGGAGAACAUGGCCCUCAUGGCGAAGUCCACUCCAGACGCCCGGGCCUUUUGGGCUCGUCAGGGCACGUCGCUGGAGGUCUCCGUUGAAGUUCCCCUGGAGGGGAAGCCACUCAAGCAGGCCACGCGGCACAUGAGUACCUACAUGGCGAGCCAGCUGCGGAAGGGCAAGCGCGAGAUCUCGGAAAGGACGUUGACCCCGGACGAGGUGGCGAAGUUCAGCCAGGCAAAGGCCACGGAGGUGAACAACUACAUUGUGUCUUCGGUGCUGGAGACGCUCCCACCAGGCGUGACUCCCCCUCCCGAGGACAUCAUGCGCAUGAGGUGGAUCCUCGAGUGGAAGGUGGACGAGAACACGGGCACGAAGAAGCCGAAGGCGAGGAUUGUGGUCCUGGGUUAUAUGGACCCCGAGUACGAGCACCGUCCGACCACCGCCCCAACCAUGACGAGGACUUCGAGGCACCUGGUGCUGCAGACAAUGGCGUGGUUGGGCUUCAAAGGUUACAAAGCGGACGUGACGGGGGCUUUCACGCAAAACAGAGAGAUACAGCAUGACCUGUUCGUGAUGCCUGUGAAGGAGCUCGCGGCGGCGCUGGGGAUGCCCGAGGGCGUUGCGAUGCGGCUCAGGAAGGCGGUCUACGGGCUCGUGGAAGCAGCGAUCGAGUGGUUCAUGACCGUGAGCGAGGCACUGGAGGAGUUCGGCUGGACCCAGAUGAAGAUGGACCCUUGCGUGUGGGUGCUCUACGGUGACGGCCACGGCAGGGAUAACGGCUUCACCAAGGAGGCGCUGAAGGACUUCACGAACCCAGAGGUGCUCGGGGACCUGAUCGCGGCGAAGGGGGACAUGGACAUCAUAGCCAUUGCGGGAUCGCACGUGGACGACUUCCUGCUCGGUGGCAACGACACGGACCCCCGGUGGAUCACCGCCCGGGAACAGAUCGAGAAGCGCUUCAAGUGGAAAGCCUGGGAGUCGGAGGAGUUCAUGCAGACGGGGGUGCGGAUCAAGCAGCAGCCCGACAGGAGCUUCCGCAUGGACCAGAGCGAGUAUGUGAAAACCAUCGAGAAGGCGCACCUCACCCCGGAGCGCAAGAAGGCCAAGGACAUGCCGACCACCGACAAGGAGAAGGGCCAGCUGAGGGCUAUCUUAGGGGCCAUCGGGUGGAGGUCCGAGCAGUCAGGCCCCAUGCACUCGGCCGACACGAGCCUUCUGCUCAGCACCAUGCCAUCGUCCACCGUGCAGACCAUCAACGAGACCAACCGCCUGGUCGAUCGUGUCCGUGAGUGUGCUGAUCUACCCGUGGUGAUGCACAGCCACUCUCAGGCACAGGUGCUGGUGCCAGUGGAGUGGUCCGACUCCUCCGAGGCCAACCGUCCCGACGGAAAGUCCACGAAGGGCCUGGUGGCGGGGCUGGCACCUUUGAAGAUCCUCAGGGGAGACGAGGCGGACGUGAGCCUCAUAUCCUGGAAGUCCGGGAAGAUCGAUCGUGGUUGCCGCAGUUCCGUGGCAUGUGAGACACGCUCCGCCGUGGAUGCUGAGGACGAGCUGUUUGGCAUCAAGUUGCAGUGGCUAGAGAUCCUAGGCAACAACAUCGACUGGAGGAAGCCCGAGGGGAUUCUACGCAGACUGCCAGGAGCAGUGGUUGUGGAUUCAAAGGGCCUGUACGACAAGCUGCAGACGACGGUCUACACCUUCCGGGGCAAGGAGAAGCGGACCGACGUGGAGGCCAUGACCCUGAAGGAGGGGACGCAGGCGGCGAACAACUGGAUGCUCUGGGUACAUGGAGAUGCCCAACUCGCCAACUCGCUGACGAAAGGACACGAGCCAGGCCAGCUGCGGAUGUAUUUCAACAACGGGCAUCGCUGGAAGCUGGUCUACGACGAGAAGUACCAGAGUGCACGGAGGAGGAAGGCCGCUGGAAUCCAGCCGUUCGAGCACGUGGGAGCGGGCAUCCUCAAAACGCCAGGCGGGACAAUGGCUCACAUCGGUGCAGCUGCGUGCCCAGACUUCCCAUCAUAUGAGGCCAUGACCGAGUACAGUUCAGACGAGGAGACGGACUCAAGGAUGCUCAGCUUGGAGGACCCUUAUCCGUGCAAUUCCGAG